AUGGGGCGGGAGGAAGUGCAUAACAGGAUAGUCUGUGGUGCAUAUAUCCCGACGUCGGCAACUAGGAAAAAUAGUUAGCUAGGUUUAUGAUGGCAGGAGUAGGUGGCGACGCAGUAUCGUAGUACGAAAUAGAAAAGAAGAAAAAAAUAACAAAAACAUAAAAGUACUCAUGAUUUCCCCUCAUAUAACUCUUUAGACGGCGUCGAAACGGCCAUCUUUUCAAGCUAAAAAUCGAAUUUCCCUCGAGUUUUUGGCGUAUUAAAUGGAGGAGAAGAAGGAAGACGGCGACUCGGAGAUACAGGAACACGGACCCGAGCACUGGUUCUCAAAAUGGGAGCGACAGUGUUUGGCCGAAGCGGAGCAGAGGGAGCCGAGCGAGGAGGACGUCGACAACGAGCAGGAUAAACUGUGGCAUCUCUUCCAGAACUCCGCCACUGCCGUGGCACAGUUAUACAAAGACAGAGUAUGCCAUCAGCAGGGCCUGUCAUUGUGGGUGCCAUUUCAGAACGCUGCUACAGCAGUCACCAACCUUUACAAAGAGAGUGUCGAGGCCCAUCAGAGAAGCUUCGAUCGGGGCAUCCAGAUAGGACACCAACGUCGUAAUAAGGACAUGUUGGCCUGGGUGAAAAAGCGCCGGAGAACCAUCCGCAGGGAGGAUCUGAUCAGCUUUUUAUGCGGCAAAGCACCACCGCACAGAAGUAGCAGGGCCAACCCUCGGCUGGCCAUGGUGGCCCCCAGCCGCGCUAACUCACCAGCAGAGACUGGCUCAUCUGUAGAAGCGGACCUCCAGCCCUUCAGGGAGGCCAUAGCACUGCAUGGUCUGAGUGGUGCCAUGGCGAGCAUCAGCGUCCGCUCCGGUGCUCCGGGUUCUCCUACGCAUGUCAGUGGGAGUAGCAGCAACGGAGGUGGUGCGAGCGGAGGUGCUUCUUCCGGCUCUGGGCCGGUGUGCCGCAGCAGGCGUAACGGGCUCCAAGACGUCGACCUAAACACUUUCAUCUCAGAGGAGAUGGCGCUGCAUCUGGACUCUACUGGCGCCGCCUCUGCCGGAGGGGGGGGAGGAACCAGGAAACGAAACUCCACCCAAUGUAGUGAUGUCAUCACAGACUCCCCAACGCACAAACGCAACAGGAUGAUUUGAUCUGCCCCUGCCUACAUGCGAGGCGAGGGGAUGGUGGGUGGGUUAGCCUUCAAAGCCAAGGCUAGGAGAGGGGGCGGGGGGAUGGAUGGGCUCGUGUGGGACAUGUGCAGAUGUACAGUCACGCGCACUCGGAUGCUUCGGCUGAAGAUGAAAACGAGGACUGAAAGCUCUCGAAUUCUAGUCCUUGUCUCCUUUCCCAGCUCGUAUACUACAAAUCAUCGAUCUACAAUCAAGAACACUUAACGAGUGGGCGUGAGUGUGUGCACGUGACCAGGAAGCCACUUCGCACAUUCCUCAAACACCGCCCUGGAAAGGAGACAACGAAGAAAGUUCCCGACUUAUCCUGGGAUCCACACAGUUCUUGAGAGGGGCAAUAACGCUCCGUGCUGCUCGACAAGUAAAAGCCACUUUGAUCUUUGACACAUUUGUGCCCUUCCCUCCCUUAACCUCACUCAUCCUCACCCGCCACCUUAAUAAGGAAGUGAGGGCCAUGAUCAAAUCGCUUCACUCAGUGGAUUGUGUCGCUCGCCAAACGUUGGACCCGAGUCACCCCUGCGUUAACCCCACCCCCCUUUUUGUUACUUCAUCAUUGCAGCUCUUAGUUGGCGUAGCCUGUCAGUGGUGGAGCUAAAUCGCCUAGUAGGAGUAUGGGUGUGUGUUUGUGGCAUCAUGCUGCCUCAUCUGCCACUUUGUAAGCAGUUCAGUUUGUCUGGCUACUAGGUUGACGGCGUCUAACUACAACAGCAGGCUGUCAGUGUUUGGACAUCCAUUCAGACUUUAUUCUCUGCUAAGUGCUCUGCUUCUACGGUGGCUCGAUUUGUACUUCAGGCCGUCACCUUUUCUUUGUUUGUAGUUUUUCAACCACCAGUGUUAAAAUUCUAGGUUUGUUGCCACUGUUUGCAGCAGCUAUAGCCAAGUUAAUUUUCCGUUCUUUUUCCACUUUUUUUCCUGUUGUUGUUGCUGUUGAGGAUAAUGGAAAAGGAAUUGUAUUCUCUUUGUUUAUGCAGCUUCUCCAACAGCCCCUUACCCCCUCUGCUCUGGUCUUAUUAUGAAAGCAGCUGCUGUUUUCCCGUCGUCGUGGGAUGAUUCUGAUGAGUUGCAAUAAGGAUUUUUUUGCACUUAGUUUUCACUUCUGACUCAUGCAAAUAAAUCGGCUCUUCCAUUUUUAUUCCAGCUGUACCUUUGUCCGGCCCUAAACGUGCACACUUAUGAGUUGUCCACACACUACAUUCACCUCUUUUCUACAAAUAGCGGCGCUGAUGUAAUCAUGCAUUUCAGCCAGGCGCCACAGCACCGCUCAUCAAAAUUAGAACCACUCAUGCUGAUGGCAGUCGUCAGAUUCAGUGUCCACCGUGCUUUUCAAGAUGCUCGAUAACAUUUAGCCCUCUAACUUGAUUAAAAACGUGGGCAGUUUCCCAGGAAAAACUGGCUCGGCGCCGCUUUUGUGGAAUAGAGGUUUAAGUGUGGGGAUGCUUAGAAAUAAAACAGGAGCUCUCGCACUCACUUGAUUUUUGUCACUUCUUCAAAAUUAUUUGAACACGUCGCAGAGACUGUUUGACAUAUGGUGUAAGAUAUUGGAAGAAAAAGCCGAACUUAAUUUUUUAGGCUUUAGAAGUGGUGGCACGCUCAAAAACAACCACCAAACAUGCCACCCGGCGCACACGAGGUAACUGGGCCAGCGUGUCGGAUGGGAAGAUGGAUGCUGUCUGUAUUUUGUGAAAGGGGUGUGUGCAUUAAUAAAAUGUGGAUGGGUUCGUUUUUUUGUUUUGUUUUUUUAAACUUGGUACAGAACGAAGUAACAUGGGGUUGAGUUUCAUUCCUACAAUGGUUGUUUACUUCCAACAUUCAGUGAGGGAGCAGAGCAGGAGACAUUAAUGGCACAUGAGUCAAUAAACGGGGUAAAACAAAGCAAUAGGAAUCGGUUUGUUUUAGGAUGUUAACGUGAUGUUAUCAGAGCUAAACCUGAGCAUGUUUGUGGGUGUAAAUGAUUAAAGAAAUCUUGAGUUGUCUCAGUAUUACAGCGCGCUGUUCUACCUGUAUUACGCACAGGAAGUGACCAGUGUGGUGUUAAUGUUUCCUGCUUUCUUCUCCGUUUGUUCCUCAUGUUGACUCCAGUUCUCUCCCUUUCACAUUUUAUGGCCUGUGAAGUGGCCUUUAUUUAGUUGUAUAAAGCAUGCCAGUUUGGUUUUUUAUUUUGUUUUUUUUAACUUAAAUUCUGGUCACCGAUUUCAUUUUGCGUUUUCUUUUUUGUGCUCUAGGUUGCCUUUUAUGUUCCUAUGAUUUCAGGCUUUUCAGUAGGAAAAAGAACCCGGGUGAUGUUUGGCGAUCUGUCAAAGUCCUGGAUCUGUGAAACCGCUGAGACUCAAAAUGUAAGCUUGGUAUUGAACACCUCAGCUUUGCCUGCAGAGGGCGGAGGGGAGGUGGGGUUUAAGUGUCUGGUAAGCUGAGCUGCUUCAGCCAUCACUGAUUCAGUGAAUAAUCUUAACAUAGGACCCAACCUUGAUUCUUAAACAGACAAAUGUGCCGUAAAGUCACAUUUCAGGUCGUGUGCAGUUAAACCUCUGAGUUUCAACUUUGGCAAACAAAAAAAAGUAUUUAAAUUUAUUUUGUUUUAGGUGGUGUAGCUCCUGAGGACUGACUGGUCUGCUUGCCCACACGCUCUUCAUUAAAGCAGAGGAAUGCAUUUCAAAAUGUUCUAGUUUUCUUCUCUUAGACGCUUUGGCUCGCUGUUCUGUGUCUAACACUUCGGCAGUAUUGUUUCUGAAACGAAACGAGGUGUUCGGCUACAAACUAGUAGCUUCACCCGCCUGCUGUUUCUGUUCCACGUCAUGUCAGUUACAGGGAAGUGUGUGUGCUGACAGGAAAAGCACUUAAAGAUUGAGCCUAUCAAAGGAUGUCUUCUUCCCAAAGGUUUGAUUGAAGAGUUUGAUAAGAGCAGGAUUGUGCCGUCUUUGCAGUCCCACUGUUAAACCUGCGGAGUUGACCCCCGCUCCCCCUCCUCAGAUCAGCUUGGGGUCACCCUGUUUUCUGUUUCUUCCCUGAGCCAGUCGCAGCCUUCAUCCGCAUUGUUUCAUCAGGGUGACUCAUGCCACAAAGUCUCUGGAGCCAACACUAUCAUCAGCUGUUUCUUAUUUGUUUAAAAAGGUAAUAAAUGGCUAAUCUAUAUACUGAACAUUUAAUUGUUGGUAUGAUAUAUGUGGUUCACAUUGUAAAGGAAAUAAAACCAUUGAAUCGCAA